AUGGAAUAUCAGCAUACAAAAAUGUCCAAUUUGAGCGAAGACUCUUACGAUUAUGUUUUUGGUGGUCGACGUAAGACCCCGCCUGCAACAAGAACAACAACUACACUCAAGCUGACCUCACCGCCAGUACGCCUGCGACCAGAAGACGCACACCAUCGUGGUGGCAACGUAAAUAAUGGUGGCCGCUUUUAUCGUCAUUCCUUCAGUUACGCGCCAAAACGCACCCGACACGGCAACAACAGCGAACGCAAUGAAAAUCGUGAAUCACGACUGAGAUGUCAUGGCGAAGACGAAGCAACACUGCGCCAACUGCUUCUCGAGUAUGUACACAAAUGA